UUUUUGUAAUCCCAAUAACGCAUUGUCAUUGAAUAUCCUCAACGCCACCCGAUGGAGACUACGUCAAAAUUGGUGGAUAUGGGAGAAUUUUAUCUGCAAGUGACAUUAAUUCGCAAAAACAACGGAAUGUCGCUGGGAGAGGGUGCCGGGAACGAAAAUCAGCUAUCCGUUCCAGAGAGCAAGGAAAAAAUGGUGCUACAACUGCCAGGCGGAUGGGCAUUUGCGUCACCAGUGCUCGAUGCCCCCGAAGGGAACCCGAGUACCUAUGGGAACCAUGUCCAACAACUCGAUGGCGGACGCUAGUGGAACUCACAAGAGGGUAGCUUGCGAAGUUGGAGUAAACCAACCGACGUCCUCCGCAAACUGGGUGCCGGUACAAACAUUAUUCGGGAAUCUCAGUUGUCGUUGCCGAUUCGUGAUACAAGUGAAAGUCAAAGGAACGUCCAGGGCACCGGAGGUAUGUGAUUUAUUGCAGCUAGCAGUGGCUACUAUCGCAUCCAGCGCUCACAAUCCCGCCAUGACCACUUUCUUUGGGAACAUGAACGGUGAUGAGGGACUAAUCCUAUGUCAGAGCGGUUUCUGCAAAGUAAAGCUAGCAACUCAUAUUUUAACAGGCGAGAAGGUUGCAAUUAAAAUUAUAGACAAAAUAGUCCUAAAGGAUGAUCUCAAAAGGGCGUACGAUGAAAUAGAGGCACUUAAAGAACUUCACCACAAGCACAUUAUUCAAUUGUAUCAAGUAAUUGAAACUGAAAACAUCAUGUACAUGAUUAUGGAAUACUGCACUGGUGGGGAACUCUUUGAUUACAUCAUAUCCCGGGAAAGGAUUCCGGAAGACGAGGCCCGACUCUACUUUCGACAAAUCUUGAUGGCUUUGGCCUACUUACAUAAGAAGGGCUAUGCACACAGAGACCUAAAACCGGAAAAUUUGCUAUUGGACGAAAAUAACAACUUAAAACUUAUUGAUUUUGGUUUGUGUGCCCAAUAUCAAGAUAAAAUGGCGUUACGUUUGGACACAUGUUGUGGAAGUCCAGCUUAUGCCGCUCCCGAAUUAAUCAAAGGAGAUCCUUACAUCGGUUCAGAGGUGGAUGUAUGGAGUUUGGGUGUUCUCCUUUACGCUUUAUUGUGUGGAUUUUUACCAUUCGACGACGAGAAUCUAUCAAACUUGUAUCGAAAAAUCAUGUCAGGUCAAUUCGUUAAACCUGACUGUUUAUCGCAUUCCAGUGUUUCUCUUUUGAAUAAAAUGCUAGAAACUAAUCCAGCCCGAAGGAUAAACACAAAACAAUUGUUGACUCAUCCAUGGGUCCUCAAAAAUUCUGACUUUGCUAAUCCCUUAUCGGCAAAAAAUGAUCAAAAUUCUAGCCAACAUUCAAAUCAUUUGCGUGAUAUAGAUGAAGAUAUUAUCGAAGAAAUAUCUACUUAUUUCGAUAAAUCACCACAAGAUUUGACCAUAGAAAUCAAGCAGACAAAAUACGAUUACCAAACGGCCACGUAUUUGUUACUCCUGAAACGGAAAAGGGAAGGUAAAAGUUAUCAUUUGCUCAGCAAGAAUAGACAUAAUUUCGACAAAAUUCCUAAUUAUCCUUUUCUUACUAAACGGGCAAGAGUUUUGAAUAGAAUAGAUAAUAUAGGCGAUUUCAAUUCGAAUAAAAAUAAUAAAUCCCUUAAUGCACAUCAUAACAAAGUAUAUGACGCGUCCUUUCUCGAGGAAAACCUGAAUAAUGAUUUCACUAAAUAUAUCAACAGAAAUGUAGAUUAUCUCAACAGUGAUAACGCUUCUAAAAAAUCUAUCGAAUCUGGAUUUGGUUCCUACUCCAAUAAUAAUGAUACAGAGGAUGAGGUGAAACGAAAAAAUAGUGAUAAAAAUAAAGGUUUAUCUUCUGGCGUCUUAUCUCCUUCACGUUCUUACGAUAGUAGCUUAAAUGUACAAGGAUUGGAACAAGAAUCUCCACAUAUCAUGUAUCUUAGAACUAAGUCUUUAGAAGACCAAUUGAACACCACGGGGCAAGAACAAACAUUAACUCCUGAAGUUACUAACAAAAAAUCUAACCACAAUGAUAAUGAUAUUUUGCCUGGAGGUAAAAAUGGUGAAAUAUUGGUUGAUACUUUAUUAAAAACACCACAACAGCAAUUCAAGAAAAAGUUAUCUCAUGAAAGUUCUUCCUCUCACAGCAACACUUACAACAAAAAUUUGUUGGGGAGCAUAGAAAAGGGGAUAGACAAAAUAAGGAAUAUCCUCUUUAGCCCAGCUGUGUCUCAUAAAAAUUCUUCAUCUAUCAUUAAACGCAGUGGUAAUAAUAAUAAUAACGAUAAUAUUAGCACCGGUACACCCAUUCAGAUUGGUAACGAUACCACUAUUGGUUACAAUCCUAGGAGUGUUAUAGUCCUGAAUAACGUAUCAACCAGUGGUUUGACAAAUUUUACUCAUAUAUCAACUUUAUUGAAGGAAGCCCUCGUUAAAAAGGGUAUCAUUGUUAAACAAAAGGGAUUAAAAUUGCAAGGCCGUGUGUUAGACGAAAGCGGUAAAACUUGCCUAACCUUUGAGCUGGAAAUCGUUUAUAUUCCUAAAUACAAAAUGUACGGAAUCAGGAGGAAAAGAUUGAGAGGUGAUUCUUGGCAUUACAAGAAAAUAUGUGAGGAAGUGCUGGCUUUAACAUCCGAAGAUAAUAGUUAACACCCAAUCAGUAUUCCUACUAAUAAAUUAUCAAUUCUAUUUUAACAGGGUGAAUAAAUACUGUAAUUUUUUUAUAU